AUGACCCAACAAUUUAUGAAUGACGUGAAUGUUCAAAAAACGGUCCAUGCUGACUUUGACGUGGAACAUAUCCUACCUCUACUCACUGUUGACGAGAAGAUCGCUCUGAUCUCUGGCAGCGACCCUUGGCACACUGCACCCAUACAUCGCUUUGGUAUUCCUUCAAUUCGUCUAACUGACGGGCCUAAUGGCGUGCGAGGAACUAGAUUCUUCAACGGUAUACCUGCAGCAUGCUUUCCGUGCGGAACCGGCCUCGCAGCUACCUGGGACACUACACUAGUCCAGAAAGGUGGCCAGUUGCAAGGUCAAGAGGCUAUUGCCAAAGGAGCGUCGGUUAUAUUAGGACCCACAACCAAUAUGCAGCGAUCUCCAUUGGGCGGCAGAGGUUUCGAGUCUUUCAGCGAGGAUCCGGUUUUGGCUGGUAACAUGAGUGCUGCAACUAUCACCGGUAUCCAGUCUACGGGGGUAGCGGCCACCCUGAAGCACUUUGUUUGCAAUGACCAGGAGCAUGAGCGACAGUCUGUGGAUGCGCUUGUACCAGAGCAGGCUUUGCGAGAGAUUUAUCUUAUGCCCUUCCAAAUCGCGCAACGAGACGCAAAGCCCAUGUGUUACAUGACAGCCUACAACAAAGUUAACGGAACACAUGCAAGCGAGAGUAAGAAGCUCAUCACUGAUGUUUUGAGGAAGGAAUGGAGCUUUGAUGGAAUGGUGAUGUCUGACUGGUUUGGAGUUUAUUCCACUGCCGAGUCAAUUCAAGCAGGCCUUGACUUGGAAAUGCCAGGACCCUCCUAUAUGCGUGGUACAUUGGUGAAGCAAGCUCUGGGAUGUGGUAAACUACUGCCCUUUGAACUCGACCAAUGUGUGAGAGAGGUGUUGAAGCUUGUGAAGAAAGUUCUUCCUCUUGGAAUUCCAGAAAACGCGGAAGAGCUGACUGCGGAUACCCCUGAAACAUCAUCUUUGCUUCGUUCUCUGGCCUCGGCAAGUCUUGUGUUGCUCAAGAAUGAUAACAGCAUUUUACCGUUCACGAAGAACAAGACAACCGCUGUUAUCGGCCCGAAUGCCAAUUUUGCAGCAUAUUGCGGGGGUGGCUCCGCAUCACUCAAGCCGUAUUAUGCGAUUAGUCCUCUUGAGGGACUCAGAGCACAACUCCCAGAUAUUCAAUAUUCCUUAGGGGCUCCGGGUUGGAAGAAAAUGCCCCUUCUAUCUCGGCUGACCAAAGCAAGUAACGGUCUAGCAGGGUUUGAUAUGAAAGUCUACCUCGAGCCACCGUCAAAACAGGAUCGAGAAAUGAUCGACUCGUUAUAUGUCGAUACCGCAGACGUUUUCCUCGCAGAUUAUGCACACCCGAAAAUCGAAAGCAAUCUGUUCUAUUUGGAGCUUGAUGGCACACUCACACCAGAAGAGACUUCAGAGUAUGAAUUCAGUCUUUCGGUAUCAGGCACCGGCAAAGUGUUUGUCGAUGAUCAGUGCGUUGUCGACAACGAAACUGUGCAGACUCCUGGUGAUAGCUUCUUUGGCUCCGGAACGAUCGAAGAAAUUGGAACAAUCAAAUUAGAAAAGGACAAGACCUACACAGUUCGAAUCACUUUUGGUACACUGCCGACCAGAACGUUCAACGUUGCAGGUGCCACUUCCUUCGGCGCGGGUGGUCUUCGAGCUGGCUGUGUUCCAAAGAUCGAGCUCGAGACUGAAAUCCAAAAAGCAGUCGAAUUGGCCAAGAAGGUUGAUCAGGUCAUCCUCUGCGCCGGACUGAACAGCGAUUGGGAAAGCGAGGGUUACGAUCGGAGUACUAUGGAUCUACCCCCGGGAACUGACAAGCUCAUUGCUGCGGUAGUAGCGGCAAAUCCCAACACAGCUGUGAUCAUACAGUCAGGAACUCCCGUGACUAUGCCAUGGCUCAAUGAUGUUCCCGCGUUGGUUCACGCCUGGUAUGGCGGCAACGAGACUGGAAAUGCCAUCGCGGACGUUGUGUUCGGUGCGGCUAACCCGAGUGGCAAGCUACCGCUUAGCUUCCCGCACCGCAACGAAGAUAACCCGGCCUUUUUGAACUUCCGAAGUGAAAGAGGAAGCACCAGGUACGGCGAAGGUGUCUAUAUCGGCUACCGCUUCUAUGAAAAAUGCAAGAAAGAAGUUGCAUUUCCAUUUGGCCAUGGGCUGAGUUACACCACGUUCAAUUUAAGCUCACUUUCUCUCCAAAAUACCGACGAGGAGAUUUUGGUCACUCUCGAUGUCCAGAAUACUGGAAACAUUGAGGGCGCAGAAGUUGUCCAAGUCUACGUUUCCCAGCAGAGUCCAAGUAUCAAUCGACCACCCAAGGAGCUCAAGGGCUUUGAAAAAGUGGUCCUCCGCCCACAGCAGACUGAGAGAGUGACUAUUAAGAUCAAGACGAAAUAUGCUACCAGUUUCUGGGAUGAGCAUAGAAGCGCGUGGGUUCAAGAGAUGGGUCGUUACGUUGUUCAUGUGGGCACAUCUAGCGCUGAAAUUCCACUAUCGGCUGGCUUUGAGGUCGAACAAACUUCGUGGUGGAAUGGCCUGUAA